GGUUCUCCCCCCCACCCCAAAACCUGAACCCCAAUAACAGCUCUUGGGGGCAUCUGCGCUCCAGACUCCGAUUUGAGGGGUGGGGCAUGGGGCGGGGGAGGGGGAGCUGAGGCAGUCCUGAGGCCCCCGUCCCCGGUGGGAUGGGGGGGCUGGAAGUGUGGGGGGGCUGAGAGGGUCCCAGAAACCCCCAGACCCCACAGCAGAGGCAGCUGAGUGCCCCUGCCAGCCACCCCAUCGCCCCACACCACAGAGGGAACCCCCAGGGGACAGCCCCCCCAUCACACAUCUGCUUCCUCUGAGUCACCAGGGACUUUCGGGAGGGAGAGAGCGCCCAGCACAUGGCUCGCCUGGGCGUGAUGAACCGCGCUGGGGUGGCCAGGCUCCCUGCCCAGCAGCCUCAGUCCCCAGCACUUGGGAAGUGGGCACAGGACUCCUGGGUUCCCUUCCUGGCUCUGGGGUGGAGAUGGCCCCUCUACCACUCUAACCUCCCAGGGCCAGGGAGAGAACCCAGGUGUCCUGGCUCCCAGCCCUCCCUGCUCUAACCACUAGACACCACUCCCCUCCCAGAGCUGGCUGGGUGGCAGGGCGAGUGCAAGGUAGCCUAAGGCUGGUCUUGGUAAGGCAUAGCACUGCAGCUCAGGACACCUGGGUCCAAUUCCUGGCUCUACCGCUCCUGCUCCCAUGCUAUGUGGUCUUGGGCAAAUCACGGAAUCGCUCUGUGCCUCAGUUUCCCCAUCUGUGAAAUGGGGAGAACAGUCCUUCCUUUGUCUAUUUACCUGUGAGCUCUAGGGAGUGUUGCUCACUUUGUGUCCAGUGCCCAGCACGGCAGGGCCUGAUCUUGGUCAGGGGAAGGGGGGGCCUGUCUGCAGCACCCGGUGCCAUGGGACCCCUCAUCUCAGUCCGGGGGGGGGGGCGAUCUGUGUGUGUGUGGGGUGUCUGUGCAGCACAUGGCGUGACGUCCUGAGCUCAGCGUGUGUGUGUGUGUGGGGGGGUCCGUCUGUGCAGCGCCUGGCGCGACGGGGCCCCCCCGAGGUUGGUUGGCACUACCGUAAUACAUGUAGCAGAGGUGCAGGCCCCCUACCCCCCGCAGCGUUUGGGCCCCCAUCGGAAUCGGAAGUGGAGAUUUUCCAUUGUGGCCAGUGGCUCAUUUCCUAGAGCUGGGUUUCUCCCAGUGCCUCCAUCCCAGCCCCGCCACUUCCCCAUCGCUGGCCGCGCGGCUGCACACCAUGGCUGUGACUCUGCCAGUCCUGCUCCUGACGGUCGCUCUUCCGAAGCCGUCCCUCGUCUGGGACCGGGCCACGGGUGCCGAGGCGGGGAUCAGGCUGCGCUGCUCUGUCCCGGGGCCGCUCGGGGCCGGCUGGUUCACCCUGCACCGGGACGGCACACCGGGCCCUGUGGCCAAGGAGCGGGCCCCAGCGCAGGGCUCAGAGGUCACGUUCCUGCUGCCCAGCGUUGGCCCUGGCGAGCGGUACCGCUGCGGCUACUGGAACCGGGAUGCGGCCGGGGGGCGGGUGGAGUCCCCGCUCAGCGACCCCGCUAACGUCACCAGCGAUCGCUACCCCAAGCCAUCCAUCGCCGUCAGCCCCGGCGCGGAGGUCUCGGCCGGCCAGACCUGGACGAUCCGGUGCUGGGCUCCGUAUGCGGGGAUGAGCUUCGUGCUGUACCGGGCACGGGAGUUCUGGACUGAGCGGGUGCCUCGCGGAGACCCCCCCACGGCCGAGUUCCACCUGGGGAACGCCGGCACCGCCAACGCGGGGAGAUACACCUGCUACUAUCAUACCACCAGCGAGCCCUUCGCCUGGUCCAACGCCAGCAACCCCCUGGAGCUCAGCGUCAUAGACGUUCCCAGCGCCCGGGAGAGGUUCGUGGACGUGGCCGGGAAGCUCCGGGUGAAUUGCUCUGUCCCCGAUGCCCCGGGUGGCUGGUUCUUCCUGUACCGAGACGGGGAUCCCGAGCCCUUGGCCUGGAUCACAGCCGAUGGGGACAAUGGGCCGGCCAGCUUCAAUCUCCCGGAGGAGCAGGCCCUGGGCCCCGGCGGGGUCUUCAGCUGCCGCUACGGGCCGGAGGAACCGGGCCCCCAUUUCAACCUGGAUCUCAAUGACACGGAGGUGCAGACCCAAGGCUCGUGCUCUGGGGGCACCAACUACAGCCAGACCAAUGCACUGCGGCUGGGCCUGGGGGCCGCCGUCCUGCUGCUGGCUCUGCUCUUUGUAGCCCAGGCCUGCUGGGAGGAGAGACACCUGCAAGGCUGAGGCCAGUGAGUUGGUCCUGGGGGGGGAGGUGGGGACGAGGCCAUGCUGGAGAUUCCUGAAUCCCAGCCCCCCUCCCCCUCUUUAACCACUAGUCCCCACUCCCCUCCCAGAAUUGGGGAGAGAACCAAGGAGUCCUGGCUCCUAGCCCCCCUCUGCUCUAACCACUAAACCCCACUGCCUGCCCAGAGCCGGGGAGAGAACCCAGGAGUCCUGACAGGUGCCUGCGCCCCCUCCCCAGCACAACCACCUUGAUUUCCCGCUACAGCCCAGCUCUCAGGGGGGAUUUGGGGUG